AUGUAUACCCUUCGAAGGGGACCCCCCCGGAGGGGUGUCAUCAGCCCUCUGUACAAAUUCGCCACCAGAGGGGUUAACACACGCACGGGGGACACUUCAGAACUGGGUAGAGAUGCAACUCCCUCCUCUGUGGCCGCACCCACCCCCGACGUGGAGCGCCUGCUCGUGAGGUACAAAAAUCUAAGCACUAAAGACAAAGUCAACCUAAUCACCACGCACCUACGCAAUAUAAAAGAUGCAGACGUGAGUAUGAUAUACAAUUUCGCGAGAGAAAAGCAGCCAGUGAGGGGACUCCACCAGAACGAACAACACGAACUGGAAAGGAAAAGGAAGGUGAAAAUACUGAAGAUACAGAAGCCAGCAUUCAUGCAACAAAAAAGUAGUAAAAAAACUUCGCGAAAUAAUUUGUCCUUCAAAAAUGACUACAACAGUAAUGAAUAUUUGGACUGUUUGCAGAAGGAAGAGGAGUUGAAGGGGGCAGAACAGUACACACUGGUUGAGGACCUAUACAAGGCAUACAUCUACAGCAGAGCCUUCACCACCUUAUCCAACCAGUACAGGACCAGACAUACCAUAUCGAAUGAUUUCCUACACGUGAUGAUUCGCGCAAUAAGGGGUUCCAUCCUGGAUAGGGUGAACCCAACGCUAGUGAACGAAUUUGCUCACUUCAAAAAUCCCUACAUGCUCAUGAAACAUGCUUUGGAAAAUUUUAUCCUCCAUGGACAUGUGAAGAACCCCUAUGAGGAGUCGCUCAUUUCGGAGCAUCUAAAGAGGAAAACUUUUAUGAACGUUUUAAAGCUGGAUAGUGCCGAGGUUCCCGUGGAGGUGUAUGAGCCUCUGGCUUCCUUCCGUGGGGAUGUGCACUACAACUACGAUGUUCGGGAGAAAUUCGCCAAUAUCAUUCGCACGCAGCUGGACAUACUUGGCGUGGUUACAGGGGGAGACACAGACAAAGUUAACAACCCUAACAAUGAUGACGUUACAGGUGGUGCGUCCACUUGUGCCCAGCUGAACGCCGUGCUACGAAUCCUACCCGAGAACGCACACACGCCAUUCGAAAAUUACCCCUUCGAUAAUUUCAAAUCGUUCAAAACGCAAAUGAGAAAAAGGUACAUGGGGGGCAUCAAAAACAGCAAACCCAUAAACGUGGAAGACGAAGAACUCAGCCAUGUGCGUUACCCAAAUCUACAGUCCGUUGCACAUUCCUUGCCAACGGAUUCUAAAUAUAGAGACAACGUCAUACACGCGAUUAAGGUUCUGGAGAGAUCCAAGCAUUGGGAUCACGCCAGUAAAAUAAAAGCUAUAAACACUUUAGUCGACGUCUGGAAUGAUAUGCACUCUAGUGAUCACUAUGAGGACUUGAUGGAAAGGUGCCUUCCCGUUAUUUACACGAAGGACAUGCUACGCAAAACGAAGACUAGGCAGGAUACAUACAACCGUGGGCUUGUCUACAUACAGUCCCUUACCACGCAGAAGCCCCUGGGCGCGCGACAGAAAAAGGGCUAA